AUGCGGCACGCAUCGCUCGUGGCGAACAACGUCAGCUACAGCAACGCCAAAGCUAAGCUGGGCCUCUCCUUCGAGCUGGGAACGAUGGUGUACGAACUGGCCUAUGGCGACGGGAGGCCGUUGAAUUUCAGCAUUGUCUACGCCAUUUGCAAGAGCUAUUACGUCACCAGUUUGGACGUAGUGCCAUGCAAAAUAGAGGGCGACCCCCCCUUCAAGAAGUUGCAAGACAACUUCAACGUCGGCUACAUCCCCGACAGACCGGAAGUUAUCUACUUCUGGGACGAUCAGGAUACUUUACAGAAAAAGGUGGACUUGUUGAAAAAAAGCGCCAACCUGCGCACCAACAUGUCCUGGUUAAUCUACGACGCUCAUCUAGGAGACUUGACCAGGGACUGUUCCCAAGAUAAUUACGAACUGCUGACCUUCCUCAGGACUGCGUUGGUGGGCGACUGACGUCGAGCGUG